CCCGAUGGCAUCGCCGCCGCCGCCGCCCGCCGGAGCCGCAGCAGCCGCCGCCCCCGCGGCGGCCGGAUCGCCGCCGCCGCCGGCGCAAGUGGUGGGCAACGCGUUCGUGAACCAGUACUACAACAUCCUGCACCAGUCGCCGGAGCACGUCCACCGCUUCUACCAGGACGCCAGCCGCCUCAGCCGCCCCGCCGCCGGCGCCGCCGCCGCCGCCGACGGCAUGGACACCGUCACCACCAUGGACGCGAUUAACGACAAGAUCGUGUCCAUGGGCAUCACGCGGGCGGAGAUCAAGGCCGUCGAUGCGCAGGAGUCGCUCAAAGGCGGCGUCACCGUGCUCGUCAUGGGCCACCUCACGGGGAGGACCGGCGUCGGCCGCGAGUUCGUGCAGUCCUUCUUCCUCGCGCCGCAGGAGAAGGGCUACUUCGUGCUCAACGACAUCCUGCGCUACGUCGGGGAGGGGGAAGGGGAGGAGGGGACCGGGCACCCGGCGCCACCGCCGCCGCCACAGCAGCCGGAGGUGGCGGUGGACGCGGAGGCCGCCCCUUCUGCCGUCCUGGCGAACGGCACUGUCGUUGGGGGAGGAGACACCGAGAGUGUGCCUCGUGAACAGGAUGCUUUGCCACUGCCCGAGCAGAAUGCAACUGAGCCUGCACCCCAACCUAAGGAGGAGGAAGAACUGAACGGGGAGGAGGUUUACAACCCGCCCAAUAAUGUGGAGAAGCCUGCUGUUGAGGAAACACCUGUUCCUGAGGUCAUAAAGGAAGUGCAGAAUAAUGUUGCAGUGGCUGCACCAAGUUCGUCUCCCCCAGUACCGCUUGAGGAGGCCCCAAAGAAGUCAUAUGCUUCAAUUGUAAAAGUCAUGAAAGAAUAUCGACCACCAGCUCCUGUGGUUCCUUCCAGGCCUGCACCCCCAAAACCAGAGAAACAAGCCCCUCCUGCACUUGCUCUGGUUGCUGAUGCUCCAGCUUUCAGUCCUAACACGCAGGGUGGCAGCUUUCAAGAUCCAGAAGUCGAUGCACAUGCCAUAUAUGUGCGGAAUCUUCCUUUAAAUGCCACACCACAACAAUUAGAAGAAGAAUUCAAGCGAUUUGGCACCAUUAAGCACGAAGGCAUCCAAGUUAGAAGCAACAAGAUCCAAGGGUUUUGUUAUGGCUUUGUAGAAUUUGAGGAUGCCAGCGCAGUCCAAACUGCAAUAGAGGCCUCUCCUGUUAUGAUUGGUGAACGGCAAUGUUAUGUUGAAGAGAAAAGAACUACUGGUUCUCGUGGUGGUAGCAGAGGAGGAAGGUUUGCACCGGGUAGAGGUGGUAACUUCCGAGGCGAAGGCCUUAGAGGCCGUGGUACUUACAAUGGAGGCAGAGGCUACGGAAGGGGCGAGUUCGGUUAUCGAUCUGAUUAUGGCGGCCGAGGUGGUGGCAGGGGAGGCUCAUCUCGUGGAGGUGAUGUUGGCUACCAGCGGGUCGACCACUCUGGUACAGCCGGUGGUCGUGGUGCCCGGGCGCCAUCCGCCGCUACUGCGGCCGCAAAGUGAGUUCUUGGUAGCUGUGGGUCGGUAAUAGUUUCAGAAUUUUAUGGCCACCAUCAUGGUUGACCAAAAGAGUGGCAGGUGAGGCGGAUUUGGGUUCAUGUGAGGUUUAUCAACGGGUCAUAAAUUGGUGCUUAACCUUGUUUUGUGGCAAGGUAAAGCAGUGGUUAUAUCGGUUGCUAAUUGUAGAAUAUACGUCUAUUGAGAUGUAGUCCUAGUAUGUUUGGCUUUGUUGAGCUGCUGAUUUAUGUUUUCCCGUCUUUUACCUUCCCAAAUUAGAGGCAGUUGAUUUGAGGUGCCGGUGAUCUAUAGUUUUUGUUGACUAUAGUGGAAUAUAAGUUAUGGUUUAGAGCUCCUAAGAUUAGUAAGACAAUUUAUCUUGUUCA